GCGGGCCCAGGAUGCAGAGCUUCCUGCAGCUGCUGCGGGAGGGCGGGGGCGGCCCGCCCGUGGAGGAGUUGGUGAGCCUGGCCGGCAGGCUGUGCCGGGACCUGCGGGAUGACCUCGCCCGGGCGCAGCCCCUGGUCUCAGCCGUGCUGGAGAGCCAGCUCCGCCCGCGCCUCCUGGACAACCAGGACGUGGCCCUGGUGUGCGCCCGUGUGCUGGCCCAGCAGGAGCAGCACCAGGCCGCCUGCCGGCUGCUGGAGGGGUGCUGGGUGCCGGGAGGCAGCCAGGAGCUGGUGCAGCUCUGGAACGAUAUCCACUACCACUUGGCCAUGAAGAGACUGGGCGUGGCCACGCUGACCUCCGUGCAAAAGUUCCGCUGCAGGAAGAGGAACCCACCACCCCCCUCCCUCUGCCCUGAUGGACUGAAGAGCCGCAACUUCCCCAGGGAGGUGCGCCAGAAGCUGCAGAGCUUCGCCUCAGGCGUGAGCAGCAGCCCCAGCAAGGCCGAGCGGGAGGCCCUGGCCGCGGAGACCAGCCUGUCCGUGGAGCAGGUCUACAACUGGUUUGCCAACUACCGCCGGCGCCAGAGGGCGAGUCUCCAGCGUCUGGACCCGGAGCCCUCAGGCCCCCACCACCCCAGGCUCGUGGGCGGGCACCCGCCUCCGUGGGCAGGAGGCGAGGACCACGGGCCGGCACGGACCCUGGUGACCACGCAGGGGCUGUGGCAGCCUCCGGUCCUGGCCCCUGACGUUCCUGGAGAUGAGACGGAGCCCGAAUCGCUGACUCACAGGGGGAGCAGUGAAGGCAGCAGGAUCGGGGAGUGGUGUCCCCUGCGGGCAGGGACUGUCCCUGCCGGAGCGAGCCCCUGUCCACUGAGGGACAGUGUUGGUGGGUUUCCCAGCUCCCUGCAGGGCGGCGAGAUGUACCCAGAGGGGCCUGGCCACGACCCGUCCACUCUCCCCGCCGCCUGUCCUGACCCUGGCCUCGGGGGGCUGGCUGCCUGCAGCGACUUCCUGGACCCUUCUGCCGCCCCCAAACCGUGGCUGGUGUCCCUCACACUGGGCCCCCCCGGGGACACCUCCGCCCCGACCGCACCGCUGGUGCCCGGCCCCGGGCUGCACUUCUGGAUGCCCCCUUCGGACGCCUCUCUGUCCAUGUCCAUCGCUACGCUCGCCGAGCCCAGCUCCACCGGGUUCCCUGACCCGCCCGGCAGCCACUCGCAGAGCACAUUCCUGGAGGAGGGUCCUGGCACCAGCGUCAGCCAUGCAGGACAGGCGGGCAGCUUGCUGGUGACCCCGCCCCCACCACAGGCUCCAGAGCUGGUCCUGCCCCAGAGCGUCCCGGAGCUGGCUCCUGCCCCAUCGGCCUUUCCCGGGCCUGUGCCCACUGGACAGCGGAGCGAGCCCCUGCCCUCCAUCCCGGUGCCGUGGCCCGACCGCCAGGCCUCCGGUGACGCCUUCUGGGUGGCCAGCAUGCUCCUGGAGCUCGCAGGGGGCAACCUGGGCUGAGCCGCCCCCGGGUGCCAGGCCCGCAUCCCAGGGGAGACAGCUGUGGACAUUCGACCGUUCAAGUUCCAGAGCCUCAUCCCAAUGAGAAGAGGAGGCUCCGCCUUCCCUGGGGCUCCACUGGGCGGUGUGUGCCCCCGGCCCGCGCCCUGUUUGC